UCAGUAUAAACAGGUGGUGCCAGUACUACAUCAAUGGCAACAUUUUCAUUCAGUUUGAAUCUGUUUUGAUGUUUUUAUUUUAAAUUCUUAAAUUGGCCACAAGAUUUUGUUCCCUGUGAAGUGAACCUAAACAUCCUCUUGUGAUCUGACUGGGCUUAUAUAAUGUUAAACGCAUGUAUAUUAUUAUUAUACAUAUUUAAAUAUUGUAAAAAUGCAAUUUCAACAGCACAUUUCAGUUUUUCUACAUGACAAGUGUGUAAAAGUACAGAAAAAUCUCUUGUAGCUCACUGCCCAGAUCUCCUGUAUGUAUGAAACCUUAUAUCUUUAUUUGACUGAUGAAAACGUUCAUUUUUUUACUGGAAUUUCUGUUGUACACAGUAAAAGGUUUUUUCUGUCAUUUAACUGUUUAUCUAAUACCUAACUACUUUGGUGUAGUACAAAUGGCUCUUGAGGAGCAGGAAAAGUUGUACACCUAUAAGAAGUCCAUAAAUGCAUGCCAUGCACAUUUUCCAAAACCAUCCAGCAGACCAGAUUGGAGUCUCUGUCGGGUCAGUUCUGGCCCCCAGGACUUAUGUUUGACACCCCUGAUGUAAACGAUGCUGUGGAAAACUGUAGCUGCAGAAAAAAACAGGUUGUCUCUUUUUAAAACCCUUGUUCUGAUGAUACACUGAGUUGGACUCAUAUACAGCUGUGCUUCUGAUCCCUGUUUAAAAUGCUGCUGAUUGGUUCAUUACUCAUGGUGAUAGUAACUUAAGUUUUAUACACUAUGUGUGCUUAUUACGUUAUAAUAUAUCCCUCCACAUUUCUUUUUUCUUUUGUAAAUUCAGCAAUAUAUUAAAUGUAUAAAAGGUAUCUCUGUUUGUGUAAGAGCCCUUAGUGUUGAAAUUAAAUAUUACUCUUGAGAAAUGUAAGUGUCAUCAUCUUCAAUCUGGCUGAUAGACUUUGAGGUAAGCUUAUGUGCCUUUGAAUGUAAUGAUCAGUGAAAUGAAUAAAAAUGUCUAAUAAGGCAAGUGAAAAUGUAGAAAAAUAAAAUGUUUAAACAUUAAAUUGUAGAAACAUGCAGUGGAAAGGUUUGGUCUGAAGAUUUUGAGUGUGUGGUCAUUCAUGCAAACAUCAGUGACUAAAAAUUUACAUAUUCUUGGAUACUGAAACAAAUGCAGGAGUAAAGUAUGAGACUGGUAGUGAUUAGAAGAAAACUACAGAGACAGUAAGUCAGUCUACCUGCCAAUUACUGCGUUUUAUUAAUGCCACAAUACAUUUGACUUGGAUACUUUCUUAAGCCAUGAGUGGGACUCAUAGUUGGAGCUUCAUUGGCAUUUCCAUCAUGUUAACAUUAACAUCUGGAACACUGGCAGGUCAACUUCUUUACAACCUGGCACUGAAAAAAACAGCUGUCCAAUCUUCAACCAGUGGCACUGUGGGUAUUGCUGGUAAGGCAGUUGAUGGAAACAGAGAUGCAAGCUAUCAAAGAGGGUCUUGCACACUUACCAGUGAACAAUCUGAUCCCUGGUGGAGAGUAGACCUGGUAAAUGUGUAUACAAUUGGGACUGUAAUGAUAACUAAUAGAGAUGAAUUGGGAAACAGGCUGGAUGGUGCUGAAAUCUGGAUCGGAAAUUCAACAAAAAUCAGUGACCCUGAAAGUAACAGGUGUGCUGUCAUCUCUCUCAUUCCCAGCGGACAAGCGUUUUAUUUUCCAUGUAACUCUGUGAAGGGACGCUACGUCACUGUGUUUUUACCAGGAAGUGCAAAGGUCCUAAGUCUCUGUGAGGUUGAAGUGUACUACGGAUACCCAUUACCCAAUGUGGCACUCAAAGGAGAAGCUACCCAGUCAUCUACACUCUCUGUUGCCACUGCGUCCAAAGCCAUCGAUGGCAGACGGAACUCGUUCUAUAGCAAUGGGUUCUGUAGCCACACGGCUGAAGACGAGACCAACCCCUGGUGGAGGGUGGACCUGCAGCGAAGCUUUACAAUCACUGCUGUAAAAGUCACCAACAGAGGAGACUGCUGUGCUGAAAGACUGGAUGGAGCUGAGAUCAGAAUAGGAAACUCACUGGAGAACAAUGGAAACAAUAAUCCCAGGUGUGCUUCCAUCUCACAUAUCAAAGCGGGUAAAACCUACACAUACCGGUGUGAUGGAGGCAGCAUGGAGGGUCGCUUUGUGAAUGUGUUUCUUCCUGGACAGAAGAAGACUCUCACCCUGUGUGAAGUGGAGGUGUAUGCUGCCCCAGCAGUUGAACCGCUUCCAAACGUGGCCUUAAACAAACAAACAGUACAGUCAUCAACUUGGUAUGGGCUAGUGUUUGGGCCCUCAAAGGGUGCUGAUGGGUGCAAAAAUGGAAACUUGAACUCAGGAUGCUGUACACACAAUGAUCAAGAUCUGGGUCCCUGGUGGAGAGUAGACUUGUUGGCUGUCUAUAAAGUCAGUGCUGUCACCAUCAUCAACAGACAGGAUGCUUUUAUUCCAAGGAUUCUUGGGGCACAGAUCCUGAUCGGGAACUCGCUGGAUCAAAAUGGUAACAUGAACCCCAGUUGUGGCAUGAUCACAUCAUUAGAUGGUACACCAACAUACACAUUCCAGUGUAAUGAAAUGGAAGGUCGCUACAUCAUUGUGAUCAUACCAGGAAAAAAGACUUACACAACCCUGUGUGAAGUGGAGGUGUUUGCUUCUCUAUCUGUUCCAGAAGCUGUCACUCCUUUACCAACUCCUCCGCCUCCUCCCACCCCUCCUCCACCUGUGAGCCUGCAGCUUGGUGGCAGGAACGUGACGGUUGUGGGAGAGAGGCUCUGCUGGUCUGAUGCUCUGAUGUACUGUAGACGUUAUUACUGGGACCUGCUCAGCCUUCACAACCAACAGGAGCAAAGCGAGUUGGAGCAGCUGCUGAGCCUCGUUCCUUUCUCCCUCACAGACCACGUCUGGCUGGGACUGCGCAGAUCCCUCAGAGGAGACGAGUGGUUCUGGAUGUCUGGACAGUCCAUGAAUUUCUUGAAUUGGCCACAGGAUUUUGUUCCAGACUGUUACUCCAGCACCUGUGGAGGCGUGGCCAGCACAGAACACCUCCUGUGGCAGGACCAGCCCUGUGAGGAGAGCCUCAACUUCAUCUGCCAAUCAGGUGCUGACGAUGGCGUUCAGAGAGUUUAUUUCUCCAGCUUCCAAGGAUCCAACAAGUCCAUAGAAAAAUCGAUGACACUGUAUAAACUGUGAUGCAUGAUUUUUUUUGUUAGAAAUAGUUUUCAUUUGAAUUUGUUUUACACUCCUUUAAACCAUUCUUAGAAAAGUCCAGUAAUCACAUAAAACACAAGUUACAGUCAUGAAUAAAUGAUUUGUCUUUAAAAUCUUUCCUGUCUAGUUUGUAGUAAUGCUCAUAGCAAUCAUAGCAAUUGUAUUUCUACAAAACACGUGAGGUUGUUCCUCUGCAUUAUAUAAAGCAAUAAAUGACUAUAAUAAUGUCUCUAAAGUUAUGGCAAAGACUGUAAUGAUGAAAUGUGGUAAUAAAGUUUGGAUUAAAACAUCCAUCCAUCCAUCUUCAUCCGCUUUAUCCGGGGCCGGGUCGCGGAGGAGGCAGCCUAAGCAGAGAAGCCCAGACCUCCCUCUCCCCAGCCACACCACAAUGUUGCGUGCGUGCAUUUACUGGGCAUUGUCUUAAUUUAACUGUAACUCAUAACCCUUUAGGUGCUCAGGAAAGUGUGCAAAGAGUUUACUUCGACAGCACCGCGAUUGCCACACGUUCACAGUAAAGGUGAAUAUCGUCAUGUAUGCUGAAAUGUAUAUUUUUAAGAUAGAUUUAAUUAGAAACUUUAUUUCUUAAUCUAUCCUUUGCUGAGGCUCCAUAAGAAAUGUGUGCACGAAAGGGAAUUUGACUUUAAAAACAUGACUAAAGCUGUUAAUGCAGUACUUCUGUUAGAACCCCUGAAUGUGAGCUGACAGACAUGAACUCUGGUACAUCUUGAUUGUCUGAUUUAAAGUGCAGAGGCAGACUUACAGGAAUUGUCUCAUUGUGUAAGGAUUUAUGGACACAAAUGUGUUGGAAGCUAAACUUUGUUCUGUAUUAUGUCAAGACCAAAGCAAUGAAAUGCAGAUCACGCUUCAACAAUUCAGAACUGAUGUACAAAUUCAUCAAAGCAAUAAAAUUCUCA